UGAAGUCCAUUUCUUCAACGAACAUAUUUGAUAUUUCUUUCUUCUUCCUCCUCAUCUUUCAGGGUUGCUCUUCCUUUGCUCCGCCACUUCCUCCACCGUGCUCUGUUUUCUUUCUCAUUUCUCAUCUUUUAAGAAGUGUUGGUCGUUUAUGUGCAGUUGUUACUUUGUUCGUUCUCGUUUUGUUAUUUUUUAUGGCUACUGCACCGAUAAAGUCUCAGCCUUUACACAACUUCAACUUUCCGUUUCUUAAAUGGGGGGCCCACGGAGGUGGUAGUUCAUCCGCUGCCACCGCCGAUCACAGCCGUUCUCCUGAAUCCGACUCGGACCAUGACCGCCUUCGUCCGACGCGUGUCGGGUCACGCUCCACCCGCAUUCACCGCUCAUCCUUUCCUCCCCCACCGAAACCCAUCAAACAAAGCCACCGCGAAGAAGAACAACAACAGCAGCGAGAAGAGGAGUCAUCAAAGCCGCGAGAAAAUGAAGCUGAAGAAGAUGAGGAGGAGACUGUGCAGAGACCAUGGAAUUUGAGACCUAGAAAAGUGGUGAUGGAGACGUCGGCGGCGGUAGUGACAUCGGCGGCGGAAAAGACGAGUGAAACGGUGGGUCCGAAGUCGAUGAGAUUAAGGGGUUUCGCUGAAAAUGGGGGAGUUGCAGAAAAGAAAGAAAAAAGGAAGUUCUGGAUAGCUUUAUCAAAGGAAGAGAUUGAGGAAGACAUCUUUGUUAUAACAGGAUCAAGACCUGCAAGAAGGCCCAAGAAAAGGCCAAAGAAUAUUCAGAAACAGCUUGAUAAUGUUUUCCCUGGGUUAUGGUUGGUUGGUACGACGGCUGAUGCUUACCGUAUUGCUGAUGCUCCUGUUAAGAAAUAGAUCUAUUGUUAGAUGCAAAACAGAUUACAAAAUAUGAAAGGGGAUGGAUAGAACUUGCAAAUCUGGGAGCUUUGUAGGGGUUUGGCACAUUUGAGACCUCAAUUUUUUUGAGGUAUAAUGAAAAUAUGACGUUUGUAAAGGAAAAGUAUGAGAAGAUAUUUAAUUUCUUAUAUGUGUUGUGCAAAGGGAAGAGUAGGGUUAGAGUUUUAGUUUAAGACACCAAAUAUGAACAGCAAUAUGGAUGAAAUAGAGAGAGUUUCUUUCAAAGCUUUUGAUUUCGCUAUGCCAAAUAAGUAUUCCGAUUCUGGGAUGUUGGGUUUUGUAGAUUUUCUAAUUUGUUGAUUGCUUACGAUGUUUGACAGGCUUCCCUACAUCGGUGGGGGGCAGAGUUUCAAGCUGUGUAGUUAAUUUGCAAUCCGUAAUCGGAUGCUUAACUUUAAUAUUGAAGGUACUGCAUUCUUCCUUUUAUCUGGAAGAGCGCCUUCCUCUA